AUGUUCAACGUCCUUCGAUCCAUUAGCCGAGUUCCGGCCAUGAUUACUCUUCAGCGACCCUCCCUGUUCCAGACCGCUGGCCAGGUGUCUCGACCGGCCGUGAAUGCCGCUGCCGCCAUCACCGUCCGAGGAAUGAAGACCAAGUCUGCCGUGCGAAAGCGAUGCCCCGACUGCUACGUAAGUAUCCAUCCACAAGAGUUUUUCGUGACACUGUUCACUAGGAUCAAGUGA